AGGCGAAUCGAGAAAGCCAAGGACGCCUCCGGAUGCGGCCAAGAUCAGCGAGGCAGAGACGCAUGAACGCAUGCAGUUCUUGUUGCGCCGGGCGCCUGAGCGAGGACGUGGUUUGAUCCGUCUGCCCCCCUCCGCGGCCGCCAUGGCGAAUCCUGGGGGUCGCUGUUCUUGCUUGCCUGACGAAAUGUGUAGCUCUCUCGAUCUCUUCCCGGUUGCAGCAGCCUAUAAAUUGGUCGAUUUGAUGGUUGUUUCUCAAUCGAUUCGAUUAAUCUCUUCUCUGAUCGAUCCAUUGGCAGAUCUGUUUGUUCAGUAGCUUAGAUUAGCUUAGCUUAGCUAGUGUGCAUCGAUCGAUCAAGAUGUCUGACAAGGUUACGAGUUCUUCGCACCUCGAGCACAAGGUCGCCAUGGCCAAGCAGAGCUCCCAUGAGGCGGCCAUUGCCGGGCUGAAAGCAGCAGCCGUCACUGCCGUCUGCACCGCCAUCCCCACCUUUGCCAGUGUUCGGCUGUCCAAAUGGGCGAGGGCCAGCCUGGGCAACCCAGUCGCCAAGACAGUCAUCAUCACCUACGCUGCUGGCAUGGCCUACUUCAUCGCCGGGGAGAAGAAGGUGGUGGAGCUGUCCAGGAAGAACACCCAGCACCUUAACUAAGUCUGUGUAAUUGAGGUGUUGGGUGUUAAUUAAUAAGGGUUAUGAAUGAGCAUGAGCCUUCAUGGAUAUCGAUCUUGUUAAUGAAUCAAGUGGCUAACUAUAGCUGGCUACUGAACAUGAUUAUGAUUGUGUGUGUUUCUUUUCUGGACAUGAUUAUGCAUUUGAGUCUGUAUUAAUGCUAGCAGAUACUAAU